UAUCUCUUGGUACACAGGGACAGUCUCUGGAUUUGACUUUGGGUGUUUCCAGCUGCGCACAGAGGCUGAUGGUCGAGGACCCUCACGGAAGAGCUUCGGGCCCAUAACGUGAACGAGAAUGGAGGACGAGGAUUACAACUACACCUAUGAAGAAUUUGAGCCUGACAUUUUUGAAGAACCGCGUGCCCCAGAAGGUGGGGUGAUCAGGAUUUUCCUGGUGGUGGUCUACAGCAUCAUCUGCCUCCUUGGAAUUCUGGGCAAUGGCCUGGUGAUCUUCAUCGCCACCUACAAGAUGAAGAAGACGGUGAACACCAUCUGGUUCGUCAACCUGGCCAUCGCGGACUUCCUGUUCAACAUCUUCCUCCCCAUCCACAUCACCUACGCCGCCAUGGACUACCACUGGGUUUUUGGGACGAUCAUGUGCAAGAUCAGCAACUUCCUGCUUAUCCACAACAUGUACACCAGCGUCUUCCUGUUGACGGUCAUCAGCAUCGACCGCUGCAUCUCUGUGCUCCUCCCUGUCUGGUCCCAGAACCACCGCAGCACACGGCUGGCCUACAUGGCCUGCGUGGUUAUCUGGGUCCUGGCUUUCUUCCUGAGUUCCCCAUCCCUUGUGUUCCGGGACACGGCCCUGGUGCAUGGGAAGAUAUCCUGCUUCAACAACUUCAACCUAUCAGUGGCCAGCUCUUCCCCGUGGCCCGCGUUGCCCCACCUGGACUCUGUGAUGUUCCACCGGCACAUGGUGGUGACCAUCACUCGCUUCCUCUGUGGCUUUCUGGUCCCACUCCUCAUCAUCACAGCCUGCUACUUCACCAUCGUCUGCAAGCUACAGCGCAACCGCCUGGCCAAGACCAAGAAACCCUUCAAGAUCAUCGUGACCAUCAUCAUCACCUUCUUCCUCUGCUGGUGCCCCUACCAAACCCUCCAGCUCCUGGAACUCCACCACACCUCCUUGCCUGGCUUCAUCUUCAGCUUGGGUUUGCCCCUGGCCACUGCCAUCGCCAUUGCCAACAGCUGCUUGAACCCCAUUCUGUACGUCUUCAUGGGUCAGGACUUCAAGAAGUUCAAGAUAGCCUUCUUCUCCCGCCUGGUCAAUGCUCUGAGUGAAGACACGGGCCACUCCCCCUACCCCAGCCACAGGAGCUUUACCAAAAUGUCGUCAAUAAACGAGAGGUCCUUCACGAAUGAGAAGGAGACCAACAUGCUCUGAGCCUUGCCCGGAGACCCCAGUAGACACUCCCAACCUUGGCGUCCAAUCCAAAGCUAUACCUUCCCAA